GUAUCAUCUAAUUUAAUGUUUUUCUUUCUUUCUUUAAUUUUUUCUUCUGCAGGGUCAAGCUGAAAGAUGGCGUGGCAUUCCUGGGAGCGAGAGCCAGUAACCCUGUUGCGUGGACGGUGAGUCAGGAUGUCAGAAGUGAAGGUCACAGAGUUGUCACCCUCCACUGUCGGAGGAAGGAGAACAGUUUUAGUCAAAGAGUGGAGGCAGCAGGCUACCAACGAGUUCUGCAGGUGGACCUGGAGGUGAACGGCCUGAUGGUGAUUCAGGGAGGAAGGGAAGUGACGUGGCAGGUGGAGUAUCCACUCACCCGCACCCUGACCGGUGAAGUUGUGACCCUCAUCCGCUUGGCACCACAGGACCUAGGUGGCAUUGUGCCACUAGCCAUGGACACUGAGAUCCUCAACACGGCUGUCCUCACUGGGCGAACAGUCGCUGUGCCAGUAAAGGUCGUCACUGUAGGAAUAGACGGAGCAGUCUCUGAUGUAACAGAGUCAGUGGAGUGCAAGUCAACAGAUCAACAGGUUAUCAAGGUGUCAGAACGCUGUGACUAUGUGUAUGUCAAUGGGAAGGAGACAACAGGAAAGAGCAGGGUGAUGCUCAACUUUACCUACAGUUUUCUGAGUGCCCAGCUCGAGAUGAGUGUGUGGAUGCCACGUCUGCCCUUGCUCAUCGAUGUGGCUGAUCCCGAGCUCAGCCAGAUAAAGGGCUGGAGGGUCCCUGUCAGUACGGGCAACAGAAGGUAUGAAAGGGUCACAGAUGACAAGGAUGAAGAUGGUGCAGGUGCCGAGAGGACAGAGAACAGCUGUGUGUCCCAGUAUCAGAGCACCAGCGUGCGUGUCCUCACACACUUUGUGGCAGAUACCGGAGAAGUUAGAGGAGCUUCAGAGGAGGACGGGGGCCAGCAGAACUUCCUGCUGGGUAGCGACUGGCAGGUGGAGGUGACACAACUGGUCAAGGAUUUUCUGAGCGUGGCAGACCCGAAGGUUGCACAACUCAUGGAGGGCCAAGUCGUCAUAGGACUGAACGCUGGAACCACCAAACUACAGGUGCUGUCCCCUCUGACGUCGUCUGUCCUGGCUGAGAGGAGCAUUAGGGUGGUGGAUGACAAAGUGAGUGUGACAGAGCUGGGGGUGCAGUUGGUUUCUGGACUGUCUCUGUCCCUGCAGCUCAGCCCGGGGAGCAACAGGGCCAUCGUCGCCACUGCAACCACACAAGAAGUCAUUGAAUCACUGAAACAGGAGUCCCUCAUCAGCGCUUGGCUCCAGUUCAGUGAUGGAUCCAUGACUCCUCUAGACAACUACAACCCUGCCCAUUUUACCCUGGCAGCCACCUCUUUGGAUGAACAGGUGGUGGUGGUGCAACACAGUGCAGCAUGGAAAUGGCCCGUUAUCAUUGCCAAGGGUGAAGGUCAGGGUUUGCUUGUGCGUGUUGAGAUGAGCCCAUCAGAGGUGUGCCAGAAGGGAAAACGACGUACUACCUUAGCAACUGGAAUGGCAAACAUACACGUAAGGAUUGGUCAAUCGGAAGAGCAAUACAGACAACCGGGAGACCGAAGAACACGUCCGGAACCUCCAUAUUAUGGCGGAUCUAUUUCUGAUAUGGAAACUGGCUUAAUCAACCGUGGAGCCACUACCAUCAGGGGUCAUGUCCCUGUGAGACCUAAUGGGGGCCGUCUCUCAGCAGACAACGGGGCGAGGGUCCCAAGUGAAUUCUCUGAAUAUCCAGGCAAGGCAGAGCUGCCACGUAGCCGCAGCACUGAUGAGGACUUGUUACCAUCCCGACGAGGUCUGACAGACCUGGAGAUUGGUAUGUAUGCCCUGCUCGGAGUCUUUUGCCUGGCAAUCCUGGUUUUUCUCAUUAACUGCAUCUCUUACGCAUAUAAAUAUCGUAGCAAACAGCUGUCCCUGGAGACCCCAGAAGCAAUGCCCCAUGCCCAUGACUGGGUUUGGCUGGGCCAAGGGGAGGGACUUUGUCUGCAACAACAGCAGCAGGAUGAGCUGGGCGGUACCCUAGAGGAAGGUAGUCAACUGUUAAAUGGGGGUGUCCAGCGUGGUAACAAUGGUGUGGGAGGCUGUAGUUCGAGUGGGAGGGAUCACAGAAAUGAGUCACUUAACUCACCCACCACCAAGAGAAAGAGGGUGAAGUUCACCACUUUUUCCAAUGCCAAGUCCAGUAAUGGAUGUCCUGUGCUCAGCCCAUUAGCGCUAGUGCAGACCAGUGAGAUAAAAUGGGUAUGUCCGGACAUCGAGCUUGGGGACUCAAAGGAUCUUAGGGACUACAUGGAAAAGCUUAAUGAGAAUGCAAUCAAGAACAUUGCAUAGGGGGUGCUGGGUGUUUUCAAUGAACUAAAGAGAAACUCACCUGAAUGCCUUCAGAAUAAGGAGGGAAUGAUGGUUGCAGGGAGGAAAGGAAAGAGGGAAAACAGACUUGAGCUGCUGUUGAACUGUACCUCACCAUAACAAAAGGAUAGUGUAUUCAGCCUCUGAUGUUUCCAUGACAGUACUCAGAAAGGGUAAAGCAACAGACAACAAAUGUGAUUUGCCACGACACUACAGCAUAGUUACAAGGGGAAAAUGUGAACUUGAUAUUGUUGAUUAAAUUAAAUGUAUGUUGUUUGUCUUCAAUUGGGUUUCAGUAUCUUUUUCUAUGCGCCAUGUAUUUUGUUUUAGUGUUUUCUUUUUCAAAUCAUCAUGUUUUAAUGUUGUAUUUGUUGUACUUUUUUGCUUUUUUUAAGAGUUGCUGUAUGCUCUGUACCACGUCAACUAUUAUAGAUUCUAGGAGAGAAGAGUUCAAAGCAAUUUUGUAUUGUAUAUAAAUACAGUGUUUGAUUUGGAGGUAACAUAUGUACAGUACCAUUUUGUAAAGUGCUGUUUGGUUUUGUUUGGCUUUUGUUUUGUUUUGUCUCCAGAAACCAGAUCCAUGCAUGAUGUUAUUAAAGAGGAGGAAUGUGUGUCUGAUCUGAUACCUGAACUAAAAGUGUGUAGAUAACUAUUAUCAAUACAGCUGGACACAUGUCACUUUAAUGUUAUUGCAUUCAUUCAUCAUGGAAAUUUGAGUUGGUUUCAAUAUUUCGAUUUUGGUUUAAAAACUUUUGUUAGCCCACAGAUUUUCCCUUCUUAUGUUAUGUAUUAUUCAUGUGACCCUCCCCCACCCCCACCCCCCUUUCAUUCAGUUGCAUAGUUCAGAUAAAGUACACUUUUUGCACAGUUCUAAUCCCAAUA